CCAUGACAUUGCUUACGCGUCGCGCUCGCGACGGCUUGCUGCAGUAACGGACUUGUGCAAGCUUGAGUUUGGCAGCAGGAUGGACCACGAGCUUAAACCGAGUGCAGUUAGACUCAAUGCGGAUCUAACGAAACCCAGAUACGACCAGAACACUUUUUGGGGUAGAUACAGGCAUUUUCGAGAAACAGCUUCUGUUUCUAACGCGUUCGCCUCUAAAGACAAAAUUUACCAAGCGGAAAAGCUGAUUCGUCAGUACAGAGAAGACGGAACGGUUCCUGAAGGAACGACUGAAGAUGCUCUGUGGAAGGCCAAGAGGCUGUAUGACUCGUCUCACCACCCGGAGACGGGGGAGAAGAUAUUCAUCAUGGGCAGGAUGUCCUUCCAGGCGCCGGGGAACAUGAUCAUAACAGGACUGAUGAACACGUACCGCAGCAACAUCCCUCAAAUGUUUCUGCAAUUCCUAAACCAGUCGUUUAACGCUGUCGUCAACUUUUCCAACCGUGGUGGCGAUGAAAGAGCCGAUACAAGACACCUGCUCCUUUCAUUUCUCAUUGCUGUCGGCACAGCGACAACAGUUGCAUACACUCUUCCACGUACAAGGCUACUGUCAGUGAAACUAAAACACUAUCCAAUGGUAGAGCGAACUGUGCCACUGAUGGCUGUCAUCUCUGCCAAUGCCAUCAACAUACCACUCAUGAGGAAAAAUGAGUUGAGCCAAGGACUUAAAGUGGUUGAUGAGCAUGACAAGAAACUAACGACAUCAAAGGUAGCUGCGAGGUAUGGAGUGAGUCAGACUCUUCUAUCACGGAUCCUCCUAGCUUCAGUUGUGAUGGGACUUCCAGCAGGCAUCAUGUACACUUUUGAAAAGACGACUCUUUUUAAGAUUGCCGCUAGGAUACCUGCCUUCAAUCCAAUGGCUCAAAUAGUUCUGGUGGGCCUCAGUCUGGUGAUUGGAGUUCCACCAUGUCUUGCUGUGUUCCCUCAAAAGGGGAGUCUGCCAGUGAGCUCUCUUGAGCCAGAGGCACGUAAAGCAGUGAGGAGCUGCAACCCUGACAUACAGACUGUUUACUACAACAAAGGACUGUGA